AUGGCUUCAUCAUUAGCAUCAGCAGGUACUGCAGCAGUUGGCUCAGCAGGUUCUUCAGCCAUUUUAGGUGGUGGUUCUUCUUCAGGUGGUGGUAGUGGCUCAUCAGCUUCCCAAUCUUCUGGUGGUGGUUCAUCAGCCUCCAAAUCUUCUGGUGGUGGUGGUUCAGCUAGUGGUGGUUCAUCAGCUUCUAAAUCUUCAGGUGGUUCAAGCUCUGGUUCAUCAAGCUCUGGUUCAAGUCCUGCUCAAGGUGUUUAUGUCCAGAACCCGAUUUCAUGGAAGUUUGGAUACUUAUAUGGUGGUAUUUUAGCGGCUGGUUUCGUUUUAACUGCUGGUGUCCUAUAA